AUGUCAAAAGCGAUUUACGAAUACCAUAAAAUCAAUGAACUCAUACCAGGCCCAAGCCGAUGGAACUUUUAUGGAAAAAUUAUAUUCAUGUGUAAUAUAGCGGACCAACUUUUGCUCCUACUGAAAGAUGAGACAUCGUCUAUGUAUGUUUAUAUGAAUUCAAAAGAUAAUAAGGAACCUAUUGUGGGAUUGAAGCUUCGGCAAGUGAUAAGGAUUCAUCGAGGAAAUGUUCGCCGAAACCCGACCACAAAUACUAAAGAAGGUGUGGUUCAAGUCGAGAUGGCAGGAUGCCACUUUGUCGCUUGGCCACAUUUUGGAGAUGCCAACAAUCCCAUUUCGAAGAGUUCGAAAAACUGGACGAAGUCUGAUAUAGACCAAGAAAAAAUUAACGAACUCAGUGAACUCGGCAACGACCAACCAAUUACAAAAGCUGAGGAACUGGCAAUCCAACUGGUCAGCCACCGGGAGAAGACACGAAAUGAUGACACAGUUCGAAACUGGUGGAAAAUGUCUAAAAUUGAAAGCGAACAGAGUUCAGCGAGAAAAGCUCGAGAACUCUCAUUGAUAUCAAUCGGGGAUCCUGUGGAAAUGGACAAUGAAUAUGAUAUUGACGACUCGUCUUUCCUUGAAAGUAAUGCUCAAGAUUUUCUACAAUUCGUUAUCAAUUGUCCAGGUUGCCUCAAAAAAUACAAAACAGUUUGGUAUAUUUCCGAUGAGAGUAAAGAAGAAUGUUUCAAAUGUAAACAAAAAGUUCAAUGCAAAGUCGCCGUACGAGUGAAACUAAAGUUUGAAACCCACAACAUCUACUUCACCUUUCCUAUUGAACUUGUCAAAAAUAAAGAAUGUUACAGCUACAUUGAAAAAUUGAUCGCUUCAGAUGGUACACCUGAACAUGUUGAUGAGAUUCAUAAGUUUCAAGAAACUGUUAAGGAAGCCCUCCAGAACUUUUGCUUAACGAAAAUUAAAGGAAUGGUCGUAGCAAAAUCUAACAAAUUGAAGUUCGUCGAUAUUUAUCUGUUUAAUUGUAAACUGCUGAGACUAACUAGAUAA